AGCAGUCAAUAGUCUACAGUUUAUUUGAUAUCAGUAUAAGUUCUCUCUUUUAACAUGCCUAUAUUAACAGCCGUCUUGCUAUUGUCGUCCAACAUUACUUCAACUUAUGAGUGUUAAACCUACCAUACGAUACUUCAUAGAAGUAUAAUGAUAACGCUUGAUUGUAAAGGGAAUAGCUAAGGCUAAGAUAGACAAUACCCAUGUUUUGCCAAUAUAAUUGGUGUUAUAUAAAUGCCGAGUUUAUCACAAAGGUUUAUAAAACAAACUUUGGUUCGUCUGAUACUGUGUUACAAUAUAAACGAGUGCCUACUCAAAGUUUAAGUGUUUCGGCAUAUGCACGCUUGUACAGAGUAUCUAUAAUUGUUAUAGUACCGUGACAAGGGCGUAAUCUUAUCAUAUCAAGUCAGAAAUUUCCAGUGACAAUCCGUAGAUUUAAGUAGUAGGGAAGAUUUGAUAGCGUCUACAGUUCCAGAAAUGCCAACUUUAGACGUACCCACCGCAGAUGUUCCUCACAACGCUUUUUAUUCUAAGUAUAAGUCCGGAUGGUGGGAUUUAAAUUCAGUGAUGAGGCCCCUAAUACAAUUAAAUCAACUUGACUUGGAAUACAUUAAAGGAGUCUUAUUUGAAAAAGAUAUAAUCAAAGGAUACGAAGGCUUCCAGUUCCGCGAUAAACUGCGUAUCUUAGAUGUGGGUUGCGGAGGGGGUCAUUUGACCGAAUCCCUGGCAAGAGCUGGUGCUGACGUUUGCGGAAUCGAUGUUAACAGCGAUGCAAUAGAAUCGGCCAAAGAUCAUCUUUUAUUAGACCCUUGUUUGAAGAAUGUUAUUUACCAAUGGGAUAGUAUUGAAAAUCAUUGCGUAAAAAACGCGGAGCAGUACGACAUCGUUAUAGCAAAUAAUGUGCUGCAUCACGUCAAAAAUCAUGAUGUAUUCGUAAAGAGCUGUGUGAAAGCCGUCAAACCAGGAGGUCUUAUAUUUUUCAGCAGUUUUAGUAAAACCUUCGAGUCAUGGUUGAGGAUUAUAGUAGUCGGCCAAACAAUUACCCGAACUUUUCCUUACGACACUUUUCAUUGGGAUAAAUUUGUAAAUGAUUUGGAUGUUGAAAAAAUGUUACAGGAAGCCGGGUGUAAAACUGAAGGAAGUAGAGGAAUAUACUAUGAUAUAUUUUCGGCAUAUUGGAGAUGGAAUAAUAACACAAACACGAUGUAUAUGAUGCAUGCGACUAAACCUACCUUGUGAGUUUAGUCGAUUUAUGUUUGAAAAUUAACACUUCUAAUAAAUGGCUUUGAAAUCCA